CCCACCCCCCCAAAAAAAAUUUGGGCAAAAAAGUCCCUGGUUUGAUAGCUCACUUUUUGGCUAGAAGAAGUGAACUCAGCAUGGGCUAUAAUUCACAGUCAAGCAGAGCAAAGAAGAAGUCUGUUUGUUUUGAUCUAUAUAUAUGAAAUUUAGCCAACAAUGUUGCAAGAUUUAUGAAGAUUUAUAAUAUUUUUAUUGUUCAGAUUUAAGGGGGCACGGUGGCUUAGUGGUUAGCAGGUUUGUCUCGCACCUCCGGGGUUGGGGGCUCGAAUCCUGCCUCUGCCAUGUGUGUGCGGAGCUUAAAUCUUCUCCCUGUGCUUCAGGGGGUUUUCUCUGGGUACUCCGGUUUCCUCCCAGAUUCCAAAGACUGAUUGGCAUUUCCAAAUUGUCCGUAGUAUGCGAAUGUGUGUACGAUUCUGCCAUGCGACGGGUUGGCACCCAAUCCAGGGUGUCCCCCACCUUGUGCCCCAAGUUCCCUGUGAUAGGCUCCAGGCUCCCCACGACUCUGAGUAGGAUAAGCAGUAAAGAAAAUGGAUGGAUGUCCGGAUUUAGAAGUUAAAAUGAUUAAUACCCAAUAACAUGUGUUCAAACAACUCAUGACAUUCUUGCUGCAUUGAAAUGUGGCCCAAAUCAAAUUUUUGACACUGUGCACAGCAAAUCCACAUGCAAUUUUGCAUUUUCAAUUCUGAUAUACAGCAUUGAAAUUUGAGGCAUUGGAAUCUGAUACACACCCGAUACGUGGCAGCUAGCCUGCAGUUUAAAGGCAUAUCAGAAUCCGAUUUUGGCGUAAUUUUAACUUUUUUGUUGUUGUUGUUUUUUUGUUUUUGUUUUUUUUACAGAAAGUCACUGACAGAGGUAUUUCAAAGUUGGCGUUCCAACACAUCCACGCUACAGUUUGGCAUCCAAAUAGGUCCUUUCAAAGUAGCCACUAUGACUACGCAGAAAACCAUCAUUAAAAUCUUGUCACUGAUUCACCUCUUUGCUCUCGUAGUGAUUUGUUCUGCAUUCGCAGUUGGCUUGCACUGCAGAUUAGCUGAGGGUGAAAAACAACUGUAGGUUGCCGAUGUUGCUUUUUUUCCUUUCUGUUUACAUGUUUACUCUAGAGUGUCGGGCUAAGUCAGAUUAGUGUAAUGAAACCCAUGUUAACAAAAGAACUGGAUCCGUAUAAUAAAUGGAAAUGAAACACAUUAGCCUUGCAGAUGAUUGCUGUCGCAAAUGGAUUUUUAGUGCGUUUAACUGCAUCUGCACCGCUGGGGUGUGACGUCAGAGAGCGGCUUAUAUUAAACUGUGUGAAGCCGCUCUAAAACACACCCACUCAUUCCCCCUCCUCUACCUGAAUACACACACACACACACACACACACACACACUCUCUCUUUCUCUCUCUCUCUUUAACACACAAAGCGCGCGCCAUCAUCUACAUUUGCUGUUCUCCAGAAUCAGGAACAGUACGAAUUGGCCGCGGGUGCGAGACAGUAUACAGCACGCAUCAGAGACCAGUUACUUCCGCUGUCCUUUUAGCUGGACUGGAUUUGUGUCCAUGGAUCGGUCGCAGGGUAUGGUGGUGGUGGUGGUGGUGGUGGUUGGGUGGAUCUGAAGCGUUCCUGCCGAUCUUAGCCGACAUGCACCGGGUCUCUGCCGUCUCCGGCCCGGCUUUAUCAUGCUGUUCAGACUCUUUGCGAGGAGAAUGCGCUGGCUGGGAUGCUAUCGGCUGGGACCCAAGUGGAAAGCGCUCCUGGUGUUUGUGGUCAUCGCCUUUGCAGGCCAACUCCUGGGGGUCCUCUUCAAUAAAAGUUGGGUGCAGCCGGAGCGGCCUCGGUCUCUGUUCUCUCUUUCGGAGACAGGUCAGGGGCCUCCUCUUGGCUCUUGCAGGCCCCAAACACACAUCAUGUUCCUGAAGACCCACAAGACAGCCAGCAGCACCGUUCUCAACAUGCUCUACCGCUUCGGUGAGGAGCAGGGCCUGCUUUUCGCCCUCCCAAUGGGCUACCAGUUUGGCUAUCCUCUCCCCUUCAUAGCCCAGAGGGUCAAAGGGUACAGGGGUCCCCAUGUAGCCAAGUUUGACAUCAUGGGGAACCACAUGCGCUUUUACAAGCCAGAGGUGGAGAAAGUCAUGCCUGCAAAUACUUUCUAUUUCUCCAUUUUACGAGACCCUGUGGCAUUAGCGGAGUCCUCCUAUGCCUAUUACAAAAAUGUUGCCCCUGCCUUCCGGCGUUCAAAGGGACUAGGCGACUUUGCAGAUAACCCGAACAAAUACUAUGACCCCCGGCUGCGCAACAACCACUAUGCUCGCAAUCUGCUGUGGUUUGACUUUGGCCUUGAUCACAAUGCUAACUACUCCUUGGCUCUUGCAAAACGCGGUGAAGCAGCGGUACGACGCAACUUUAAACUUAUCCUUUUGUCUGAGUACUUUGACCAGUCCAUGGUGCUGCUCCGACAUGCUCUUUGCUGGCCUCUGGAUGCUGUUGUAUCCUUUAACCUGAAUGCCAGACAGCAGAUAUCCAAGAGUAGGUCAGGCUGGGUGGGAAAUGCCGGUGCUCCAGCAUCUUUAGCACUGACAGAAGAGCAGCGUCAGAAGCUGCGUGAGUGGAACGCCUUGGACUGGCACCUGUACCAAGCCUUUAACAGCACUUUCUGGUACGAGGUGGAGAGAUUUGGACGAGUGAGGAUGGACACUGAGGUGAACUUACUGAGGAGUAGACGUGAGGUUCUGGCCCGUGUAUGUCUGCGUGAUGGAGGCCGGCCGGUUGAAGCUAGCCGCAUUCGGGACAGGGCCAUCCGUCCCUUCCAGAGUGGCCUGGUGAAGAUUUUGGGGUACGAGUUGCAGCUGGGUCUGGACAAUGCCACGAGGCAAGCCUGUCUGCGUAUGAUUAGGCCAGAGAUCCAAUACAAGGAUCUGUUGGAUCUCCGACAGUUUCCGCGUGCCCAGCAACUUCCAGGAGCAGCAGUGGCUGCAGGUGGGCUCGCUGUUAAGAAGGAUUCGUCACAUCAUAGGACUGGACAUCAUGCCGGAGAGUCAUUAGAGAGAGAUUGGGAUGGAACCAUACUGGUCCGUAAUCAAUCCCAAGAACAAGUGGACAUGGGGAAACUGAGAUAGUGAGUGAAAUAGCCACAGUUUUUUCCUGAUUUAUGGCUCCACUGGGCCUGUGCACUGGACUACUCAGAGCCGGAGUUAGAUCCUGACCUGUAAGACUUGCUCAGCUUCUAAACUUCUCUUCAUCCUGCCCUUUUUAGGUAUCAUGCAUUAAAUCAUGCGAUUUGGAUGUCAGUGUGUAAAGAGCACUGUAUUGAGGUAUGCAGUGGUACAAAUACAAUGCAAAUGGCCUCAGUAUACAGCAGUGGGAAUGAUGCAUGCUGGGUGAAGUGUGAUGCAGCUUGUUUACAUCAUGGUGCAUGGUGUCGGAUUCUUUUGCUGCUUUCCUUGAGCUGAGAUGGUACGAAAGCAUUUAGAAUGCUAUCCAUUGUCUCUCACUCCCACAAACACACUUUACAUUUCAUUUCACACUCCGUCCCACUCACUGACAAUUGUGGCAUUGAGCCACAUAGCACUUUUCAGAUUGAC